AUGUGGAGGGGCUUUGUGUGCAUGCUAGGUUUACUCUGUAAGUCCUCUCUGAAUGGAGCGCUCCCUGUGCUCGCCCACGGCACUAUAUGGGCACUGUUCCAUUGUUUUGCAUCAGGAGCCAUGUCGUGUCGGGUCGAGGCCAAGGUGGAAUUUAUAACUGAUGGAAUUUCACACCCAAGUGAGCGCCGGGCCUGGUGAAACGCAAGCACUCACAUUUACAAGAAACGCCCUGGCUGUUCCGCUGAGACUCCUGAAUGGCAAAGCCAUUUGUCUCUGUGAAGGGCAAAGAGAGAAAAACAGAAUAAUGCUGUAUGUUUACACACACCCCCUCAAACCAUAAAUCCAUGUUUUCCAAGGCCCUCAGAAACGUAAUUGGAAUUAAAGAGGGGAAAGGGUGUGCAGCCAAUUGCCAAUUAGCAUUUUCUCUGCUCAGCAGAAGCUCAGGGGGGAUCAAUAGGAUAUUAAGUUUGUGUACAUAGCAAUAAGGCACACAAUCACUUCCAAACGUGUGGAGAAAUGUCGACAUCCGAUAGCUGCGUUCUGUGAAAAUCAUUUGGCAGUUUUCAAGCUUGGCUGAAGUGCAUUGGUACAGUUUGCUUCCAGUGGGCACAACAGUAUUUGGCCCUGACAAAUAGUAGUCUAUAGAAACUCUGAGAUGGUGAGAUGGAAUCUUACACUUGUGUAUCUUUAGUAUCACUGAGGACCAACUGUAGCAAACAACACAGUUAUAGGCUUAUGUCGGGUUCUCUAAACACCCACAUGAAAAAAUAGUGUAGUAUUUACAGUUUACUAUAGUAUAAAUACUAUAGUAAGAAAAAACAGUAUUAUAUACUAUAGGAAUUACUGUAGUGUUUUUGCAGACUGUAGUAUACUGUUGUAUUUACUGUAGUGUUUUUGUUUUAUUAUCUUUGACAUACUAUAGCAGUGGGGGCUUUGUCCUUGAGGAAGCCUACUGGACAAAAUACUCAGAGCAAAUUUUUCAUAACCUGUAGGUAGGUAGCUAGGAUUUAGGUCUAAAUGGACAGUUAAGCGCUUCUGCUAUUUUCUAUAACCUGUAGGGAACACUAUAUGGUCUAUACUUGGCAUGUAGGUUUCUUACUUAUGGGUGGCACAAAUUGGGAUACGGGGGAGGGGAAUGGGCAGGGUAUAUGCAAAUUAAAUACUGUAUUAUAUACUAUAGUCAUUACUGUAGAGUUUUUAAAGUGUUUUUUACGAACAUUACUGUAGUAUUUACAGUAGUGUUUUUGCGGACUGUAGUGUUUUUGCGAACAUUACUGUAGUAUUUAAUGUUGUGUUUUUGUGGUUUGUAGUAUACUGUAGUAUUUACUAUAGUGUUCUACAGUAUACUACAACAUGUUAUAGUAAGUACUACACAUUAUCAAAGUAUUCAACAGUGUGUAGUAUAGUAUUCUACAAUAUACUACAGUUUAAUACAUCAUUCUAUAUUAAGGACUGUAGUAUUCUAUAGUAAACUGUAGUCUUUUUUCAUGUGGGCAGGCCUGGUUUUCUCUUAGCAGUGGCUAGAAACAUCUCAAGAGAACCAUCUUUCCAAACCACAGUGAUUGGUUGUGGUCUCAACUGCAGAGUAACUGUCUGUUAUCACAGACAGUGAUACCUGCUCUCAAGCUGAAGUUGCUGCCUAUCUCACAACCCUCCAGCGUUGGGCCAGCCCACAUAAAAAAUACUAUACUAUACUAUGGUUUAAAUACUAUAGUAUUCACUGUAGUGUUUUUGCAGACUAAAGUCAGACAAAGUGGUAUACUGUAUUAUACUGUAGUAUUUACAGUUAACUAUAGAAUGGUUACUACAGUAUUUAUAUUAUAGUUAAGUACUACACAUUAUCAAGCUUUACUACAGUGUGAAGUAUAGUAUUCUACUGUAUACUACAGUUUACUAUAGAAUUCUAUAGUAAGUACUGUAGUAUUCUAUAGUAAACUGUAGUAUUAUUUCAUGUGGGAGUGACACAAAGAUCGAGCUGACAAGGUGAAAAAUCAGUUGAUGUGCCCUUGAGCAAGGCACUUAACCCUAAUUGCUCCAGGGUCGCUAUUGAUAAUAGCAGACCCUGGCUAUGACCCCAAUCUCCGAGGGUGUCUCAGGGGGAGUUGGGACAUGCAAAAAACACAUUUCCAAUUCGCACCCACCAACCCACAACCCUAACAACAUUAGCCACAGUCCCCUUUUAUCCUCCCCGGCAGCAUCCUCAAAUCUCCCCAGGUCUGGGACUCUCCUCUGGAGACCAAAUUAAGAGCCAUAAUGUAUUAGGUCUAUUCAUGCUUGUUUUUACAGACCAUGAUAUAUGUAUAUAUUAUUCAAAGAGCGUGCUGAAUAAUCCAUGCGCUUAUUUAAUGAUUCAUUCAUGCGCGGGCUGAGAGUGAGGGGAAGUAUUUGUGGGUUGACCUGGGCACCAGUGAUACCCCCUCCUCCAUACCAGCCAAGGUGUCAAUCCAUCCUCUCCUCCAUUGUGCUUGGCAUCUCUCUAUCACUUAUUCAUCCACUGGACUCUCUGAAGAUGCAAACGCACGCCUUCCUCUUUGUGACCACUGGGCCGCAUGCCCAGAGAUAUAUCAAUUUUUCAUAUAGUUGAAUAUGAUCCCUGCUAUAUGGAAUAUAGUCAUCCAUAUUGAAUAAGAGACAAAGCGAAGGAAGGUUUGACAUGCAUGUGGUAAUGUAUGGUGUGUAACUAUAUGUAGUGAGGUAGAGGGGGCCAUUGUGGAUGCAGGGUGUGGUGAAUACCAGCGCUCCAAUCAGCAGGUAACCAUGUUGAUGGUAAUGAAACCUGCCUGAUCUCUUUGGAAAUGAGAGGCAGAGCCUGGUGUUUGGAAAGCCCAUCAUGUAGUUGAUAACGAGGGGAACAUUGUGCUACAUGAACAAAGGCUGCUGCCGCGCCAGAGCCCUGUACCGCCGUCCGCCACCCAGAACAGAGGAGGCAGGAAUAGGUAUGAGCGUGACUCGCAGCAGGUGGAGGCAGAUCAGCAUGUUAACAGCUUUUUGUCCAGCAGCACCGGUAUUCAUCCAGCCGAUUUUAUUAGCCUGAAUGCAAUUCUUCCUCAUUUCCCCUACAGCCUGGCACUUUCACAGAGAGAAAAUAGCAGGCAGAUUUGAUUUAUGGUGCAUUAAACUGGGCAGUCUAUCAUGGACAUCAUAUAGAUUGUCAAAACAUACCUCCAGCAGAAUAUCUCCAAAUAGAUCUGGAGGUCAUUAUAGCAUCUUUAGUGGGGAAAACUGUACAUGGAAUUUAAUUUGCAGCAUUACAAAGAGCCUGUCCUUGGACAAAUGAGUUAGAGGAGCCUCACUAGCACACGUCACAUCAUUUCCAUUGGGUCACAAUGUCCCUUUUUAACAAUGUUAAAUAAAAUUGAUUUCCAUCCCAGUCUGCAGAUACUGUAUGUUCCUUAUUACACCAGCAUGCAGUAGUCACUGAAUUGACCUGAAUGCUAAUUUACACCACAUACCUGUGAAGUGUGUGUGUUUAGUGACCAAUUAAUUCUGACAGCAGGGCCCCAGUGUCCCUGACCAUAUUCUCAUCUAACGUGUGUGGUGUGUUUCAUCUCCAGCUCAACAGAAUCCAGAGAAGCAGAAGAAGCUUGUUGUCCUCACAGCCCGUGUACACCCUGGGGAGUCGCCUGCAUCCUUCAUCUGUCAAGGUAGGUCUCUGUCUCCACUCAUCUGUCCAGGUAGGUCUCUGUCUCCACCCAUCUGUCAAGGUAGGUCUCUGUCUCCACUCAUCUGUCAAGGUAGGUCUCUGUCUCCACCCAUCUGUCCAGGUAGGUCUCUGUCUCCACCCAUCUGUCCAGGUAGGUCUCUGUCUCCACCCAUCUGUCAAGGUAGGUCUCUGUCUCCACCCAUCUGUCCAGGUAGGUCUCUGUCUCCACCCAUCUGUCAAGGUAGGUCUCUACUCUCCACCCAUCUGUCAAGGUAGGUCUGUGCUCUUCACCCAUCUGCCAAUAUAGGUCUCUGUCUCCACCAGUCUGGCAAGGUAGGUCUCUGUCUCCACCCAUCUGUCCAGGUAGGUCUCUGUCUCCACCCAUCUGUCAAGGUAGGUCUCUGUCUCCACCCAUCUGUCAAGGUAGGUCUCUGUCUCCACCCAUCUGUCAAGGUAGGUCUCUGUCUCCACCCAUCUGCCAAGGUAGGUCUCUGUCUCCACCAGUCUGGCAAGGUAGAUCUCUGCUUUCCACCCACCUGCCAACGUAGGUCUCUCUCUGCUCUACACACCUCCCUAAUACGCAUACGCAUGCGCAUGCGCGCACACACACACACACAAACACAAACACAAACACACACACACACACACACACACACAGACACACAGCCCAGGUGGAGCAUCUCACAAUCAGUUUAUCAAGUUCUCAUAGAAUUACAGAGAAAUAAGUAGAAAAAGGAGCAGAUUAUUAAAAAACAGUCUUGGCUUCCACUCAUACCUCCCUUAACAUGUCUGGCAUUUUUCAUGCUUUUAUUAAGAUAGGCUCUUCAGGUGAGAGCUACUUGUUUCAUUGACAAGUAACUGAACUCCUGGAGGGUUUCUCUCCUCAACAUAAAGGACAUCAGAAGUGCAGAAAGAGUGAGUUACAGUUAAUAAGAUGUCUUGUCUUGGGUCUUCUUUACUUUCCCAUUGUUGAAAAUAGAGUGUAAGAAACAGUGAAAAGCUCCCAGUCUGUGUUGUAGUGUUUGGUCACCCCAUAGUCCUGAGAGCAGACAGUGCACGUAGCUCAAUGUGACUUUGAGCUCCACUUAGGAACAGCCCCUACUCCGACACGCAGAUGUGCAUGAAAUCCUUUCAGGAAGUCCGAGCAAUUAGACGGCACACUCUGUGGCCUGUACCUGUAUCCCACGCUCUCUCUCUCCUCCUGCCUGCCACAUUGACUCAAUUAGAGAGCUUGUUAUGCCUCCAUUAGUGGUAACGAGCAGGACAGAGUGGGGCUGGCGGCUGGAGUAGGAGGGAUGGGGUGAGGGAGGGAGGGAGGCAGGGAGGGGUACACAGUGUUGGCUGUCGGCCCUCUCUGCUUCUUAUUUACUUGUCAAUUAUCCUGCUUCAGUCCAGGGCUGUGGAGGGCUUUUCAGUGGCCGGCACUGUUGACAUCUCUCAAUGCUAUCUCUCUCUCUAUCUCUCUCUCUAUUUCCAUCUCCCUCUCUCUCUUGUUGGCUGUCUCUGUGUCUCAUCUGUAGCAGAUAGCAUUAUCUCCUUCACUCAGUGUUUGAGGCCCUUCGGGCUAAUCAGGUCCUCUAUGCUGUCUGUUUUUAUCCCACUGUCAGCUCUAUUCAAUUUGUAUCGAUUUUGGAAGGAUGUCUCAGAUUUCCCCUCUGAUUUUUAUAAUGCUUUUGUCCUCUUUUUGUUCCUCAAAACUCAAUUAACUGUGGCCUUGGGUUUUCAUUUAAAGUCAAUUUUACUGGGAGUGUGUGUGAGGAUGUGUGUGUGUGUGCAUAUUUGUGUGAAUGAAAAAGAAUAGCUUUGAGCAUGAUUAUCUCCAGCCGUACAGUAGAGUGAAUCAGGAGGGUUUAAUAACCCUGACAGUCUCCUUUGUGUUGCUUUAGGAGUGAUUGACUUCCUGGUCAGCCAGCACCCUGUAGCCCUAAUCCUGCGUGACCAUGUGAUCUUUAAGAUUGUACCCAUGCUCAACCCUGAUGGGGUCUACUUAGGCAACUACAGGUAAGCUCAACCUUCAAUAUAUAAAAUCCCCUUUUCUUCAUGGACAAAAUUAGCUGUUCAGUUGUUUUAUGACAUUUACUGCUGUAAUAAUUUCCAUCCUGUUGCUUGAGGUCUACCUCUGAAAAGUUGUAAGUUUGAUCGAUUCCGAUAGAAAUUUCUGACUAGACUGCAGCACGUUGCUAGUGCUAAAGAGAGAUGCUGUGAUGAUGUGAUUGGUAACGCCCACUGUGUAGGUCCCCUACCAGAUGAUUUAUGGGCCGCUAGAUGCAUGUGUGGGAAUAGCUCGCUGGGCUGCCAGCCCUCUCAUCUUCUAUUUCUCCCACUGCCUCCAAAGCGCCAUACCUGGAAUAUGAAUGGCUGGUUUUCCUAUUCAGCUGUCUCUUUUCUCCUCUGUUGACAGUUCAACUCAAUUUAAUUGCUGCAAUAGUCCAGGCUGUUGCAGGUACUCUAAAUCAAAUCACCUCUUAUUCCCCACUGCUUGUUGUCAAUCCAAUCGUGCGCGCAAAGACACACACACACACACACACACACAUACACACACACCUUUCUAUCUCUGUUCUUGUGUAAGAUAUAUAUUGCCUAUGCCAUAUGUAUGCCCCUGCAGUACUGUGUCUCCUACACUGGGCUGUGUGUGUUUUCUGAGGCCAUACGCUCCAGCCUUUGUUUAGCGUUGAGACACAGGCUCCAUGGGCAUCGUUUCCACUUCCCUCUCCAUAAUUGCCUUUUACUUAAUGGGGUGGACAUGAGGAAUACAAAUGUGCUGAGAUGAUAGUGCUGCCAUUGAACGUGUGUUUGUGGCUGCCAUCUAGUGGCCACUCUUCCGCACUGCACUGAGUCUGUCUAUUGCAGAUCAAGUGUGCUCUCUGACAAUGACUGGGUUAGACACAUUUUGUUGCUAAUCCUUCAGUUUUAAAGGUUGUUUUCAUCAACUCUGAAAAAUUAUGCGGUCGGCCUGGCUGAAUGGUGUGUGUGUGUGUGAGUGUCUUUGAGCACACGAUUGGAUUGACAACAAGCAGUGGGGAAUAAGAGGUGAUUUGAUUUAGAGUACCUGCAACAGCCUGGACUAUUGCAGCAAUUACAUUGAGUUGAACUGUCAACAGAGGAGAAAAGAGACAGCUGAAUAGGAAAACCAGCCGUUCAUAUUCCAGGGAUGGCGCUUUGGAGGCAGAGGGAGAAAUAGAGAAUGACUCCUUACCCACACUAAGUCCUGGCACCACAUCGCCCCUGUCCUCCGUGAACUCCACCGGCUUCCUGUCUCCCAAUGCAUUGAUUACAAGAUCCUCCUUCUGACCGAAAAAGCCCCCCCCCCCCCACACACACACACAUACAAGCAAAUACAUACACUACUAAGAAAAUCCUCUCUUCACCAUAAUGAGCAGCACUUAACCCUUACCCUACCCCUUACCCUAAACUGGGUUCACAUCCAAAUCCCAACCCUCCCCAUAAAUUGAUACAUCACACUCUUUCCCUUCUUUGAGCCCACCUCUCUCUUUUUUCAUGUUUUUGUUUAGUUUGAUGUUUUGUUUUGACUCCUGUUUUUUAGUUUUUCUUUUCAUUUCUACAAUUGUAAAGCGACUUUGGGUUCUUGAAAGCGCUGUAUGCAGUUGAAGUCGGAAGUUUACAUACACUGAGGUUGGAGUCAUUAAAACUCGUUUUUCAACCACUCCACAAAUUUCUUGUUAACAAACUAUAGUUUUGGGAAGUCGGUUAGUUGACCGUGCCUUUUAAACAGCUUGGAAAAUUCCAGAAAAUUAUGUCAUGGCUUUAGAAGCUUCUGAUAGGCUAAUUGACAUCAUUUGAGUCAAUUGGAGGUGUACCUGUGGAUGUAUUUCAAGGCCUACCUUCAAACUCAGUGCCUCUUUGCUUGACAUCAUGGGAAAAUCAAAAGAAAUCAGCCAAGACCUCAGAAAAAAGAUGGUAGACCUCCACAAGUCUGGUUCAUCCUUGGGAGCAAUUUCCCAACGCCUGAAUGUACCACGUUCAUCUGUACAAACAAUAGUAUGCAAGUAUAAACACCAUGGGACCACGCAGCCAUCAUACCGCACAGGAAGGAGAUGCGUUCUGUCUCCUAGAGAUGAACGUACUUUGGUGCGAAAAGUGACAACAGCAAAGGACCUUGUGAAGAUGCUGGAGGAAACAGGUACAAAAGUAUCUAUGUCCACAGUAAAACGAGUCCUAUAUCGACAUAACCUGAAAGGCCGCUCAGCAAGGAAGAAGCCACUGCUCCAAAACCGCCAUAAAAAAGACAGACUACGGUUUGCAACUGCACAAGGGGACAAAGAUCGUACUUUUUGGAGAAAUGUCCUCUGGUCUGAUGAAACAAAAAUAGAACUGUUUGGCCAUAAUGACCAUCGUUAUGUUUGGAGGAAAAAGGGGGAUGGCUUGCAAGCCGAAGAACACCAUCCCAACCGUGAAGCACGGGGGUGGCAGCAUCAUGCUGUGGGGGUGCUUUGCUGCAGGAGGGACUGGUGCACUUCACAAAAUAGAUGGCAUCAUGAGGAAGGAAAAUUAUGUGGAUAUAUUGAAGCAACAUCUCAAGACAUCAGUCAGCAAGUUAAAGCUUGGUCGCAAAUGAGUCUUCCAAAUUGACAAUGACCCCAAGCAUACUUACUUCCAAAGUUGUGGCAAAAUGGCUUAAGGACAACAAAGUCAAGGUAUUGGAGUGGCCAUCACAAAGCCCUGACCUCAAUCCUAUAGAACAUUUGUGGGCAGAACUGAAAAAGUGUGUGCGAGCAAGGAGGCCUACAAACCUGACCCUGUUACACCAGCUCUGUCAGGAGGAAUGGGCCAAAAUUCACCCAACUUAUUGUGGGAAGCUUGUGGAAGGCUACCCGAAACGUUUGACCCAAGUUAAACAAUUUAAAGGCAAUGCUACCAAAUACUAAUUGAGUGUAUGUAAACUUCUGACCCACUGGGAAUGUGAUGAAAUAAAUAAAAGCUGAAAUAAAUAAUUCUCUCUACUAUGAUUCUGACAGUUCACAUUCUUAAAAUAAAGUGGUGAUCCUAACUGACCUAAAACACGGAUUUAUUACUAGGAUUAAAUGUCAGGAAUUGUGAAAAACUGAGUUGAAAUGUAUUUGGCUAAGGUGUAUGUAAACGUCUGACUUCAACUGUAAGUCCCAUGUAUUAUUAUUAUUAACUCCAUAUUAAAUAUGAUGUGAAUUAGAGCGUCUCUUUCUGCCCUUACCAAUGAAGCCUAUUUGGCCUUUCUGAGUGCUCAGCAGCACACUGCAUCUGGAGGGGGAUCGAACAGAUGCAUGCAGGGAACAGAAUCAAUCACUGCUGACCACAGAUUAGUAUCUCAGGCAUGCACAGUGACAUUGACACACAGACAGGCCCCCGUGAAAGUCAUGGAUACUGAGCAGCAGCAGCUGAAUAGCCCAGAGUCCUUUCUUCCACAGCCACUCUGACUAGAGGUCCUGGCAUCAGCUGCUUUUUGACUGGAGUCCAAUAACUUUCUGGAGAAAUACAUCCGGGCCUUUAGUAUUAGCUACACUACAUUGCCAAAAGUAUGUGGACACCUGCUCGUCGAACAUCUCAUUCCAAAAUCAUGGGCAUUAAUAUGGAGUUGGUCCCCCUUUGCUGCUAUAACAGGCUCCACUCUUCUGGGAAGACUUUCCACUAGAUGUUGGAACAUUGCUGCGGGCACUUGCUUCCAUUACACCACAAGAACAUUAGUGAGGUCGGCCACUGAUGUUGAGCGAUUAGGCCUUGUCCGUCAGACUGCCAGAUCGUGAAGCGCGAUUCAUCACUCCAGAGAACCCGUUUCCACUGCUCCAGAGUCCAAUGGCGGCGAGCUUUAUACCACUCCAGCCAACGCUUGGCAUUGCGCAUGGUGAUCUUAGACUUGUGUGCGGCUGCUCUGCCAUGGAAACCCAUUUCAUGAAGCUCCCAACAAACAGUUAUUGUGCUGACAAACAGUUAUUGUGCUGACGUUGCUUCCAGAGGCAGUUUGGAACUCGGUGGGUGAGUGUUGCAACCGAGGACAGACGAUUUUCACACACUACGUGCUUCAGCACUCAGCGGUCCCAUUCUGUGAGCUUGUGUGGUCUACCACUUCGCGGCUGAGCCGUUGUUGCUUCUAGUCGUUUCCACUUCACAAUAACAGCACUUACAGUUGACCGGGGCAGCUCUAGAAGGGCAGACAUUUGUCUAACUGACUUGUUGGAAAGGUGGCAUCCUAUGACGGUGCCAUGUUGAAAGUCACUGAGCUCUUCAUAAUGGGCCAUUCUACUGCCUAUGUUUGUCCAUGGAGAUUGCAUGGCUGUGUGCUCAAUUUUAUAAACCUGUCAGCAAUGGGUGUGGCUGAAAUGGCCAAAUUCACUAAUUUGAAGGCGUGCCCACAUACUUUUGGCCAUGUAGUGUAUGUGCGGAUUGGUUCUUGUAGAACAAUCGGGUCGUUAAAGCUAAUUGACUGUUCAGUUAAAAUCUGAAAGAAAAUAUUGAUUGUUGAUUGAAUUGAUUAUAUAUAAACACAUAGAGCCACAACAUUAUUGUUGUAGGUAUCUGAAAAUAUUCAACUCAUGUGUGUGUGGUCAUUUCCAGGUGUUCUCUGAUGGGUUUUGACCUGAACCGUCACUGGCAGGAGCCGUCCCCCUGGGUCCACCCCACCCUCCACGCCGUCAAACAGCUCAUAGUCCAGCUCAGCCAAGACCCA